CUCCCGGGCGCUGUGCCGCCGUGGGAAGGGGUGGGCGCUCGGGGCCGCCCUCGCUUCCCCUCCGCCUCGGCGAGUAUCCCUGGCCGGCGCCGCUUCGGAGCCCCGCGCCACUGGCGGGGCGGAUCGGCAGGCAGUGCUCGGACGUGAAGGGCCGAACGCCGAGCCUGUGUCACGCUCCCCUGGGAUGCCCGAAUGUAAGCAUUAUGGUGAAGAGAAGAUACUGCCAUCAAUAUUAUAAUACUGUCAUAGAAUUCCUCUAAAGACUAGGAAAUAUUGCUGGUGUCGUGCAUUCUGGAAAUACAUUUUACUACAGGUACCACCAAGGCUUUGCAAACCGGAUGAGCAUGAUGCAGUUGACUGCUUCCUGACAUUAACCAGCUGGGCAUUUCAGCCAUGAUGUUUUCAUUCUCACCUUGUCCAGUUGGAAUUUGCUUAUACUGAUUUUUAAAAAGAGGAAUAAAUCAAAGUGGAGAACCAUAAACUUGACAUGGAAAAUAAAAAGAAAGACAAAGACAAACCAGAUGAAAGAAUGGCACGGCCUAGUGGGAGAUCAGGCCAUAAUCCACGUGGAACUGGUUCUUCAAAUUGUGGAGUGUUAAUGGUUGGCCCUAACUUCAGAGUUGGUAAAAAAAUUGGAUGCGGUAAUUUUGGAGAACUACGGUUAGGGAAAAACUUAUACACAAAUGACUAUGUGGCAAUUAAGCUGGAGCCUAUGAAGUCAAGAGCACCACAGCUACAUUUGGAAUACAGAUUCUACAAGCAGCUAGGAUCUGGAGAUGGAAUACCUCAGGUUUAUUAUUUUGGCCCAUGUGGCAAAUAUAAUGCUAUGGUGCUAGAACUACUUGGACCUAGUCUGGAAGAUUUAUUUGACUUGUGUGGUAGGACAUUUUCUCUUAAAACCGUUCUUAUGAUAGCCAUCCAGUUGAUUUCUCGUAUGGAAUAUGUCCAUUCAAAGAACUUGAUUUACAGAGAUGUAAAACCUGAGAACUUCUUAAUAGGACGACCUGGAAACAAAACCCAGCAACUUAUUCACAUUAUAGACUUUGGUUUGGCAAAGGAGUACGUAGAUCCAGAAACAAAGAAGCACAUACCAUAUCGAGAACACAAGAGCCUUACAGGAACAGCUAGAUACAUGAGUAUAAAUACACAUUUAGGAAAAGAGCAAAGUAGAAGAGAUGAUUUGGAAGCAUUGGGUCAUAUGUUUAUGUAUUUUCUCAGAGGAAGUCUUCCAUGGCAAGGUUUAAAGGCAGAUACAUUAAAGGAACGUUACCAGAAAAUUGGAGACACUAAACGAGCAACUCCUAUAGAAGUAUUGUGUGAAAACUUUCCAGAGGAAAUGGCCACUUACCUACGUUAUGUAAGAAGGUUAGACUUUUUUGAAAAACCAGACUACGACUACUUAAGAAAACUCUUCACAAACUUACUUGAUCGCCAAGGCUAUAUAUUUGAUUAUGAAUAUGACUGGAUUGGCAAACAGUUGCCUACUCCAGUGGGUUCAAUACAUUCAGACCCUGCAAUGUCUUCAAACAGAGAAGCAUAUCAGCACAGAGACAGAAUGCAACAAUCCAAAAAUCAGUCAACAGACCAUAGGGCAGCUUGGGACUCACAGCAAACCUAUCCACAUAAUUUGAGGGCUCACCUGGCAUCUGACAGACAUGGUGGCUCUGUACAGGUAGUAAGCUCAACAAAUGGAGAACUGAACACAGAUGACCCAGCUGCAGGCCGUUCAAAUGCACCCAUCACAACUCCUGCAGAAGUAGAAGUAAUGGAUGAAACAAACUGCCAGAAAGUGUUGAACAUGUGGUGCUGCUGCUUAUUCAAGCGGAGGAAAAGGAAAACCAUCCAGCGCAACAAAUGACUAGAACCAAACAGAACAUGAGAAAAUGCUUAUUUGUUCACCUGUUGUCUUGUGAUCUUAAAAAAAACCCAACAACAAAACCCAAAGUAAAAACCUCCAUAAUAAAUACAUUUUCUGAGGACUCCCUGAGAAACAAUAUUUUGUCUCUAUGCUUUGAUUUGGUUCUUCUGCAUCCAUCUUCUGUUUUUUAAUAUAUCUGUUCUGAAAGCUUUAAGAUAUUGUCAAAUAGGAGUGCUUCUUUCAUCAACAUAUGGACCAAUGAAAUGAUACAAAAUAACAGUAUCUUGAGCUAAACUGAACUUGAGAACUAUUUCUUCUUUCCUAGAAAGUAAUAGCAGUGUCUUAGAUGAAGAUGGAUGUUAUUAAUAAGUUAUUUGAGUUUGUAGCAGUGUAUCUAAAGCAGUUUUCUUCAAAAAUUAAGAAGAAAAAUACAGGUACACAACCAUAAUGUGAAAUAAUAAAACCUUAAGAUUUAUUUUAUGACA